CACCUGACAGCACUGCUCAUCAUCUGCAGACUGAUUCCUCGUGAGGUGGCAGAAAAGACACGACAUUCAUUUCUCUGCAGAAUAAGCAAAGCUUCCUAUUACCAUGGAUAAACAGUCCACAGUGGUGUUUCGAAAUGUGGGACAACUCUACUUCCCCCAGACCAGAGUGGAGUGUCACUACAGUCUGAGUUCAGCCCAUCAGUGGAGCAGCAGUGACUGGAUUGGGAUUUUUGAGAUGGGCUGGUCUUCAGUAAAACAGUAUUACACGUACACAUGGGCUCUAGUUCCUGAGGGCUACACUGAAGGAACCAGUGUCGACUACUGUGCACUUUUUCAGGCAUUCUACCUGCCCCGCCCCAGUACUGUGGAGUACCAGUUUGUAUAUGUGGAUAAGAUGGGGGAGGUUCGUGCCCGCAGUCGUCCCUUCACUUUCUGUGCUCCCAAACCGCUGGAGGAGCUGGAGACUCUAAAAGAGGAGCAAGAUGAGGAAGAUGGAGGGGAAGAGCUGCUCCUGGUCAUCCCCAGGGCUCAGCUGCUGCAGAGUCGGCUGGAGGAGUGCUUGAAAAAGCAAGCAGAUUUACAGCGAGCUCUGGACGCAGCAAAGAAAGAGACAGAGAAUGAGAAAGAGGACAGCAAAAAGGCAAGGAUGGAUUGGGAGUGUGAAAGAGAAGCAAUGAAGGCGGAGAUCACUGAGCUCAGAGACAACCUGACACACGACCGCGAGAUGCUGAAGAACAUGGAGGGAAAACACAAGGAUGUGAGAUAUAAUCAGGAAAAUCUGAAUUCUGAACUGAGUAAACUUAUGGCUGAAAAAGCUGAAAGUCAGCAGCAAAUCAAAGACUUGGAGGAAGAAAUCAGAGUUCUGACUGAAAGAGAGGAAGAAGGAAACAACGAACUGGAGAGGCUGAAAGAGAGAGUGAAGAAAAUGUCCAGUCAAAUGAAACACAACGAAGAAAAGAGAAAGUCUCUGCAGGUGGAGAACGAGGCUGCUCUGGCGGAGGAGAGAGGGCUGCAGGAGCGUCUGGAGGCCAGUGAGCAUGUAGCCGAGAGCCUCCGUAGGGAGCUAAGGGACAUGGGAACCCGACAGGGCCAAACCCAUACUGAGCUGCACCAGGCCCGGCUGCAGGUGGCCCAGCUGACCCUGCUGCUGUCUGAGGAGAACCUGGUCCUCAGGGAGGAGAGGGCCAACUGGGCUUUAGAGAGAGAGGCAUACAAACAUGCAGCAGAAGGCGAUAAGAAGAAAUUCCAAGAUCUGAGCUGUGAGGCGCACAGAAAAGAGGAGUGGCUCCAGGAGGAGAGGAUGGAGAGGGAGAAACUAGAAGUAGAGCUUGGGAAAGAGAAAGAUUACAAUAAAGUACUGCUGAGAGAGCUGCAGGAGCUGAAGGCCAGUCUGAGAAAGAUCCAGAAAGAGAGAGAGGAGGAACAACUCAACAAACAGGAUCUGAUGAGUUAUAUUCAUCAGCUAGAGCAGAGGUUGGAGACUGUGGCUGAAACUAGAUCAAACACCAUAGUUUCCACAUGUACCUCUUCUGACUCUUCCUCUGAGGAUGACCAGGAUGCAUCUUCAGCUUCCCUCAGAUUAGCCUGUCAGGACUCACAGGACGAGAAGAGGCAGGACUGGGAAACCCGAGCUGAUGAAGGGAAGCAACUGAUCCUAAAAGACCUUGUGAACCCCGUCCUGAGUGAUCUGGCCGAGGCCCCCAUGUGGUAGCACAAUGAAGGAUGGAUGGAUGGACGGAAGGUUGCUUGUGCAUCACUGCAAAGAUCAUUAACAUGGGUCAUAAGAAAACCUGGAACAUUUUAGGAUUAGCCCGCUUGUUUUAGGGAUGUUAAUCGGGAAAAUGAGGGCCUGUUUUCAAAGACAACAUGGCAGUUUGUAAGUGGCCAGAUUUGUGUUGUUUAGUGUGUUAAAUGGUUUCAAUGCUGAUUCAGAAUUAAUGAACCUUAGGAUGAACAUUAGGUGCUAAUUACACGGUUUACAGUUUUGUCUGCUCCUCCUUAUGCUUUCAGAUGCAGACACUAAAAUAUCUUUCUUUUAGAACAUGCAAUUCCUUUAUUAUUUAGCUUUUUAACUCAGUAUAGUGUAGAUUUGUGACAACUGUUGUGAUACAUGUGCUACAUGAUGUUAUGGUACUGUGAAUUUAAUACACUGCAUCGUGUUUUGGCGACAUAUUAGCCCCUAAACUCUACGUGACUUCUGAGAUUGUGGUGAAUGUGUGGGUGUGUGUCACGGUCAAGUGUUAAAUGUUUGCUUUCAGUUUGUUGAGAACAGCGUCAGGUUGGAGGAAAAUGAACGUUUAUUUAUGAUAUUUUUCUUUAUGGAUACAACCCCCUGUGAGAAAGACAGGGCUCUAUAAUAAAAGAUGAAAACACA